AUGUCGCAAAUACCCAAGACGAUUCUAGUGCCGGUGGAUCAGUCGGAGAACAGCGAGCGCGCCGUGCAGUACGCGCUCACGCGGGUGUGCCGCGCGGGCGUCGACACGCUGCAUCUGCUGCACGUGCAGGACUCCACGCACCUCAGCGUCUCCAUUGCAGGCGACAUGGUGGUGCCGCCGGCGGUGGUGGACGAGAUGUCGCGGCGCGCGUCGAGCGAGGCGUCCGUUCUCGUCCGCAAGUACCUCGCCGAGGCCGACGCCGCCAAGGUGCCGGCGCAGGGGUACUACGCACUGGGGGACGCGCGCGAGGUGAUUGUGGCGAGGGCCGCGGCGAUCAAGGCGGACCUCAUUGUCAUGGGCACGCGCGGCAUGGGCGCUAUCUCGCGGGCGAUGCUGGGCAGUGUGAGCGACUACGUGGUGAACCACGCCACGUGCGCCGUGCUCAUAGUGCGCCCACCGCCCCCGCCCUCCGCGGACCAGCCACAGCAGCAGCAGGCGCUGCAGCAGGCGCCUCUGGACCACCCCUCCCAGCGCGUGCUGCUGCUCGCCGUUGACAACUCCGAUGGCAGCCGACUCGCUCUCAGGUAUGCAUUGGAGGAGUUCUGUCGGGCGGACGACAUACUCAUUCUGCUCGCCGUGCUGCCCACACCCCCAUGGGCCGCCUAUGGCGAAUACUACAACCAAGAGAUGAUAGAGCGGCUGGAGCGGGCGGAGCUGCAGGAGGCAGAUGCGAUGCUGGAGGAGUUUGCCGAGCAAGUGCGCGCCAUGCACAUCGUGUGCAAAAAGGAGGUGAUACGAGGGGACGUGCGGGAGACCAUCUGCUACUCCGCUGAGCAGUUCGGGGCCGAUGUGCUGCUCAUGGGCUGCAGAGGACUGUCAGGGCUCAAAAAAAUGCUUCUUGGAAGUGUCAGCGACUACUGUGCUCACCAUGCGAAUGUGCCCAUGCUGAUAGUGAAACCACAGGAGCACUCCACUGUGGACCUUCUCUCCCCUCGAGUUGUACCAGUUGGCCAUUCAGCAGAGGAAUCAUAA